AUGGCGGACAGCGGGGACACGGCCGAGGGCGUCACCGACCCCGACAUGGUGGCCUUGUUCGACGACUUCCUGGGGAAAGAGGUGACGGUGCCCUUCGGGGAGGUGACACCGGCGUCACAGCCCAAGCCCCAGCCGUACCACUACGUGCUGCGGGACACGGAGCAGCAGGGGCUGUGCCUGCGCCACGGACACCUGGUGGCCACCAGCCUGCAGGGGGCCAACGCCGCCCUGGAAGAGCCCAUCAGCGUUGUCCCCAACCGGCACCUGGAGCGCCGGCGCACUCCCCUCAUCGUGGGCAUCCGCGGUGGCACCCGCGCCCUGUCCUGUGGCACCGGCCCCGAGCCCCGGCUGAGCCUGGAGGACGUGGGGCUGCUGGACCUGUUCUCGGGGGACAAGGACAGGGCCCUGCCCUUCACCUUCUACAAGACCUUCGGGGGCUCCACGCACACCUUCGAGGCCGCCGCCUUCCCCGGGCUCUUCCUCAGCACGGCCCCGGAGGAGCCGCUGGGCCUGGCCCCGGGUGCCACCGCCUUCUACCUGCGCCGCAAGUGA